CCCUGUCGGGUCAAUCUCUUUUCUAUGGGUGCUGUCCAGCAGAGCCGCGACGACCGAAGACGGCGCAACAGCUGCGCGUGUCGUCGAACGGUCGCGGUAACGUUCUAUCGUCCGUCCGUAGCGCUCCGGUAGUCGCCGGCGUCCGCGUACCUACCGGUCGCGCGAACGUGCGCUCCCCGUUUAAUAAAAUCAUAACUCGUUAUCACGCCGUGCUCGACGUACCUACCGUGUCCCGUUCGCCAGCCUCACGGUUGCUUUCGUGGCGCACCAUCCCCUUCGUCUGAGCCCGUCCAGCCCCGUACGGUUCGAUAACGCGUCGCCAUGUUCAGCGUGCCGGCCGUGCACUCGGCGUUCCAUGACGCACUCAUCCAGGACGAAGACGUGGACGUCAAGAACUACGUGAUAGCCUACCAGGAACUUUGCAAGUUUUGUUCUCAACUCGGCGCUUUGUUCGGUUUCGUCGUCAAAGACCUUCAAGAUAAAAUUGAUCGACUGAACUAUCUAAUAGCCGACGAUGAGCAACAUUUUUCAACAGUACAAAACAUGAUACUGUAUGAAAAAUCAAAUGAUAUGGUGAAGGGAAAUUCAGGCUGUGUGACAUUAUUGAGGCUGCACCGAGGACUUGAAUUCAUCAUUCUGUUCAUGUCUAAACUUCUUCAUCUCAAACCUAAUGAGAGUACCAAACAUUCUGCUAUUGAAUCUUACAAUCAAACAUUAGCAAAACAUCAUACUUGGUUAAUACGCCACGGAGCUAGGCUUGCUAUGAAUUUUUUGCCUUGUCAAGAAAACUUGUAUUGUCAAACCAUUGGUGAUGAAUCAGUUGAAGAAUCAUUAAAUACAAUGCCCGAUAUGAUUUCCAAAGCUACUACAGUUCAUAAUAGAAUUAAUACUCUGUUUUCAGACUAUGAAAUUUUGAAUAUACCCUGAAAGAGUGGAAACUAUGGGUUUACACAUAUUAAUAUACAUUUAACGUGUCAUAUAAUUUAACAAUUUGUAUAUUCUUUUGUAGGUGCCUUAAAUUAUGGUUGAAAUUCAUGAAAUAUGUAUUGUAUUUAUAAUAUAUUUUGCUCAAACUCAUGAUAAUAUCAGAACUUCUACCAUUUCUUGAACAUAAAUACCAUAGAUAAUUGUCAUAAUUAACAGAAACUGACCAAUUAUACAAUAAAAUGACCUAUUAUAGUUUUAUAUGUGGUUAGGUAUAUUGUGUAUCUAAUUAUGGUUUGAAUCAGGGAUUGUUUACCGAAAAAAAAAUUGUUAUGUAUGUCAUUUAUGUAUACAUUAAAAUUUCUUUUCACCAUUAA